GAUAGCGAGCACACGAAGAAAAAAGGAGAGGUCGCCGAGGAAGGAAGAGGAGAGAAGGGAUGGCGGCGGCUGCGGCGGAGGGGGCCGCGGCGACGGCUCUGCGGACGGUGCUGGCGCGGGCGGCGCGCGCGGCGGAGCGGUCGGGGUGCGCGGCGGAGGCGGUGCGGGUGGUGGCGGUGGGGAAGACGAAGCCGGUGUCGAUGAUUCGGCAGCUCUACGACGCCGGGCACCGCUACUUCGGCGAGAACUACGUCCAGGAGUUCGUCUCCAAGGCGCCGCAGCUUCCCCAAGAUAUCCGGUGGCAUUUCAUUGGCCAUUUGCAGAGUAACAAAGUGAAACCGCUAUUAGCUGCUGUUCCAAAUCUUCACAUGGUUGAGGGUGUAGAUAAUGAAAAGAUUGCUAACCACCUUGAUCGUGCUGUUAGUAGCUUGGGAAGGGAUCCUUUGAAAAUUUUGGUGCAAGUAAACACUAGUGGAGAAGAAUCAAAGUCUGGUAUCGAUCCCUCCAGAUGUGUCGAGCUUGCGAAGCAUGUGAAGUUAGCAUGCCCACACCUAAUAUUUUCAGGUCUCAUGACAAUAGGAAUGAAAGAUUACUCCUCAACACCAGAAAACUUUAAGGCAUUGGUAAAUUGCAAACUUGAAGUUUGUAAGGCCAUUGAUAUACCGACAGAGCAGUUUGAGCUAUCCAUGGGAAUGUCUGGCGACUUUGAGCAAGCGGUAAGAAAUACCUGUUUGUUCUUCAAUAUGGCAGACUCCGAGGAGUUAAGCGCGUCCCUUGGAGAGUUACGUGUGGAAGCAUCAUCGUCCAAGGACAGUGAAGUCUCUCGGCUUGGCAAUGCGGUCGAGCACGUUGCUAUCACUGAUGAUGAAAUAUGGGAUGAUGGUUCAGAUUCUCCAGGUCAUGGAUCCACAUUAGACAGAGAAUGGGCUCACAGGCAGAACCAGUUUCAUAAGAUGGGAUACAGGGAUGGUAUAGCAGAAGGACAGAAGGACAUCGCCCAAGAGGGCUUCAAUGUUGGGUUUGGGCAAUCUGUGCAUGCUGGCUAUAAGUGGGGCCUUGUUCGUGGGAUUACCAGUGUAUUAGCUAGUCUCCCUGACAGCUUGAAAGAAAAACUGUUGCCCGAUGUCCAAUGUAGAGGACAACUCCAGGAUCUGAACGACUCUGUGCAAAAAAUUUCAGCAGAAGAUGCACUUCAGAUGUUUCAUGAGAGCAUUCUUCGGAGUAGCCAUUCAUCAGAGGAACCACAUGUAACAUUAAACAGAGCUACAAAUUCCAGCAGGCUGCAGAGCCUGUCAAAGGAUCUUGUGCUGUUGUUGCAGGAAUGCCCAGAUAUGAAAGUUAGUGAAGAAUUGGCAAGAGAUCCAUAAAAUAACUUGGCAGAACUGUGUGCACCACCCAUCCUACGACUGGCAGAGUUGCUACUUGCAUCAAAUUUCCAGGUUGCUGGACAUCCAGGAAGAUGGUGAUUCAGCGGUGUUGUUAGAGAUGGAAAUCCGUGGUCCCUUGAUUUCCUGUUUUCAACUCUAAAGGCUGCCGCAAAAGACCAUGGAAUUCUUCAGCAUGUAAUUGUAGAUCUUGCAAACUAAGGUUCCUUGAUCAUAUAAGCAUUUUUCUUCCUGCGUUCUAUCAAGAAUUCUGUAUCUGUAACAGCAGUAAACUCGCGGUAUGAACUUACAAUUAUAUUAUUUUUAACCUGAAUGUUGGCAUUUGCCUGUCCUGCCCUUGCUAAACAUUUCGCAAGAACUUUGGCAGUUGCUGUUACAAAGUAAUUGUCUUCUUCAUUGAUCUGAUGUGUUGUAUGAUAACUUUCUGAAGAUCUGCACAGAAAGUCUGAUUUACUUUCUAACUUUGCAUCUUCUGGCUCCACC